AUGAACAACAUUUUCGAAGGCAUGAUCUGGUUCUUCCUUCCUGUAUCUCUUGUGAUCACCAACGAUAUCUUUGCCUACAUCUGCGGCAUUACCUUCGGCCGCACGCAGCUCAUCAAAUUGUCCCCCAAGAAGACCGUUGAAGGCUUCGUUGGCGCGUGGAUAUGCACCAUCCUAUUCGGCUACGGCAUGACCAAUGUUCUUAUGAAAUAUAAAUACUUUAUUUGCCCCGUCAACGAUCUUGGCUCUAACGCCUUGACUGGUUUGGAAUGCAUCCCAAACCCCGUCUUCACGCCACGGCCAUAUCACUUACCGAGCUGGACGCCUUGGACAGAUUCACCUCCCAAAACCGUCUACUUGGCCCCCAUGCAAAUCCAUAUCUUCGUCUUCGCAACCUUUGCAUCUCUAAUUGCCCCAUUUGGUGGCUUCUUUGCCUCGGGACUGAAGCGUACCUUUAAAGUAAAGGACUUUGGCGAAUCGAUUCCCGGCCACGGCGGCAUCACUGAUCGUAUGGACUGCCAAUUCAUCAUGGGUUUUUUUGCAUACAUGUAUUACCAUAGCUUUAUUGCUGUUUACAAGGCCAGUGUGGGGAAUGUUAUCGAGAUGGCCAUCAAUGGUUUGACCGUUGAUCAGCAAUUAGAGGUUAUCCGGGGCCUGAGCAAGUAUCUAUAUAAUCAAGGGGAGGUUUCCGAAAAUAUGUUCGAAUGCCUCAGCCAAGAUUUCCGUGUAAACCGAUAG